GUCAUUGGUGAUUGGUCAUAUCGCUCGUAUCACGUUUGUAUUAUUUAAGACUUAAGUAAAUGCGAACGAUUGUUGAAAAUAUUUUUCGUGUAAAAUUUAUUAAAUAGAUAUCAGUUAUAAAUCAUUAGGUAUAUGGUUUUAAUUCUUCAUAGGUAAUUAUAAUUAUUAAAUCAUCAAGAAAAAUGUCAUCGAUUGCGCCUCAAAGUGUGGUAAAAUCCCUUGAAGUAGUUGGUGAAAUUUUCCAGGAAGAAAAUAUAAAAAUAUGUGUUAAAGAAUCUGUUAAAGGUGGCCUUAUAACAGGUAUUGCAGCUCUUGUUGGCGGAUUACUCGGUGGAAAGAGUGGUUUAAUUGCUGGUGGAGUAAUGGGUACAGUAGCUGCUUGUUCAAUGACUAAUGAUUUUAAAUCCCUUCUACAAAUUAUAAAUGAAAUGGACUAUGAAAAACAGAAAAAACUGUUUGAUACCAUACAAAAUGUAGUAUCAUCAAUUGACAUGAGUGAUGUAGUCAAAUUGGUGGUUUUAUUAAGCACAAGUCAAUCAAUUAAACAAGCUGUCAUUCAUGAAACUAUAAACUUUUUGCGCAAUGAAAUGAGUCUGGAAAUAUGCCGUAGUUAAUAAAAAAAAAUUUUAUUGUCAAAGCAAUAUAUUAAUGUAUGUAUGUUUAGGGAUCUGUUUAUAAUGUAAAAUUAAUGAAAAUAUAAAAUAAAUUGCCCAAUUAUUAUUUAAAAUAAAUUAAUAUUGAAAAUAGA